AUGCCGCCGCGUCGUAAAUCUGUUAACCAACCGGCACCACAAAAUCAAGAGUUCAUGGAUGCUAUGUAUGCUGCUUUCCAAGGCAUGGCCACUCGAGCUCAGAAUGAGCUACCGGCUGAGGAUAGGAAGCAGAGUUACUUCCGUGAGUUUAUACGUGGACAUAUCCCCACAUUCAAUAGUGAGGGAAGACCCCAAGAAGCGGAGUACUGGUUUGAUUCCAUCGUAAAGCACCUGAACACUAUGGGAGUGCCGGAGGAGUAUUGGGUAGAAUUUACGGUGUAUAAGAUGGAAGGCCAAGCAAGUACUUGGUGGAAACAAGUGAGGAUAAGGCUUAAUGUUGCAGGAAUGACCUGGGAGCAGUUUAAAGUUAUCUUUAAUGAACAAAACUUCCCACAGAGUUACCGAGAUGAGAAAGUAAUGGAGUUUAUGUCCUUGCUACAAGGUGAUAUGUCAGUGAGGGAGUAUGAGGCAAAAUUCAAUGACUUGUCCCGCUUUGCGCCAUCUCUGGUGGAGUCUGAGCAUUUGAAAUGCCUUAAGUUUGAGAAGGGUCUUAAGAAUUCUGUAAGGAGACCAUUGGUGGCUCUAAGAAUUCAAAAUUUUCAAGACCUGGUGGCUGCUGCUACAAGCGUGGAACAAGACAAUUUAUCUUAUCAGCAAAGCAAGGAAGCAGCUGGUCGAGAUUCUAUUUCUGGUGGACCUUCUGCUUCAGGUGGGCCACAACGGAGUGGUAGAAGAAACCGCAAUUAG